GACAGACAGACAGGUGAGCGACAGACAGACAGGGGAGCGACAGACAGGCGAGCAACAGACAGGCGGCUUCACUCAGUAAUCGAUCAUUGUUGUUAAUGUUGAGAUUUAUGAGUAUUUAUUGUCAUUAUUAUUAUCUUUUUUCUCUGUCUGUCCCGCCGUCUCUCCUCCUGCCGACCCGGAAGCAGAGCCAAAUCCACGUGACCGGUGUUCUAAGCUCUCAUUGGCUGGGACGAUCACAUGACAUUAGAGGAGAAGACGGCAGACGGAAGCGCGCGGAUCCCACUGCAAGUGCACAUGUCCCGGUGUGUUUACCUUCAGAGGACCGAGCUCAGCUUCAGGAACAGAAGGAAGCUGUGGAGCUGAAAGGUUAACUCUCGAGGAGCAGGAACAUUAACAGAUUGAUGAAACAGCUGCAGAGCUGGAAAAUGUCUGAAGAGGUUCCACAUGAGGCGGAUCAUACCCAGUCCACCCAGUCCACCCAGUCCCUGUCCCAGGCUCUCUCCACCCUGUCCCCGACCCAGUCCCCGACCCAGGCUAAGUCCCAGUCUAAGACCCAGCAGGGCUCCAGCUCUUCCAGCGGUCCCACCUCCUCCUCCAGCGGCUCUGGGACUCUGAGCAGCGUCGACACCAUCCCUGUCACUCUGUCCUCCGUCCCAGAGGAGCCAGAGCCUCAGCCCUGGGGCCGCCUGCUGCCCAUGGCCCGGGGCUUCAGGAGCCACG